CUUUUACUUCACUUAUCACACUUUCAUUCAUUUAUGCUAUUUGCCUUUCAAUUUCUUCUCUUUCUCUCUGCGUCUCAGCUGCAACUAUGGUCGACCUUCAAACCGUUUGCUGCAUGUGCGGUGACGUUGGUUUCCCUGACAAACUUUUCCGCUGCAACAAAUGUCGCCACCGAUUCCAACACUCGUAUUGUAGUAACUACUAUGGGGAACUAGCGGAGAUAGAACUGUGCGAUUGGUGUCAAAGCGAGGGGAAAAACUCGAGAUAUAGUAUUAUCGGCUCCAAUUCAAAGAAACCGGUGGUCGGAAACGACGCCGGAACGACCCAGCGAUCUGAAUAUUCCGGCGAGAGGAUCAAGCAUCACGAUCGUGACGAGAAUGGUUCGGAGAAGGGGAAGAGUCCCGUGCCUUCGCCGAGAACGGCCACACGGAGGUACAAGCUUCUCAAAGAUGUAAUGUGUUAAAAGAAAGGGAAAGAAACAACAACGCAUCCUUAAGCAAGAAGAGAAACCAAUAUAUACUAUUAGUGUUAAUUAGGUGUGUCAAAGUUUUCACUUUCUACGCUUAAUACAUAUUGUAGUAACUUCCCAUAGACGGUGUUUAUUACGAGCGUUCUACUUUUUCGUAUUAACUUGGAGUGCCCGUUUCAUCAAAUUGUGAAUACAACUAUGUAACUUGAAUGUACUAGUCCCAUAAUAUUU